UCUGCGGAAGUGGUAGCGGGUACCUGUCAAAUUCGGUACUCGCUAAUCCCCCCCCCCCUUCCCCCUCCACUCCCCAAAUGUCUGCAGUCUUUGGUCAUCUCCUGUAGUAUGUCCGCAGUCUCUGGUCAUCUCCUGUACUAUGUCCGCAGUCUCUGGUCAUCUCCUGUACUAUGUCCGCAGUCUCUGGUCAUCUCCUGUACUAUGUCCACAGUCUCUGGUCAUCUCCUGUACUAUGUCCGCAGUCUCUGGUCAUCUCCUGUAGUAUCUCCUGUAGUAUGUCCUCAGUCU